AUGCUCUUGACCUUCAAAGAAGGGUGGACUUGGAGUGAGGAACAUCAGAACUAUUUUCGUUAUUUGGAUAACGGAACCUGCGAGUUGCGCCGGAAUAAAGCAGGCGAAUCAUCCUCCAAGUCGUCAGCACACAAAGAUAAGCCAUCCAAAGAUGAGGAAUCUUCCAAGGGCAAGGAGAAAGCUUCAGCCCAUAAGGACAAGAAAUCGAAGGAUGAGAAGUCUUCUAAGGGCAAGGACAAGGCUUCUUCAACCCACAGAGAGAAGUCAUCAAAGUCCUCUAAGGGCAAAGAGAAGGAAAAGGGGAACUAG